CCACACAUCGUCGUCGUCGUCGACAUUGCACAUACGUACACACGAACCCUCCCACGAGCUUGACCAAGCCAUGGCGCCAUCCCCGACCGCCGCCGUGAAGACGACGAGAGCGACGUGCGUGCUGUUGAUCCUGCUCCUCCUGGCCGACGGGUGGUCGAGGCCCGUGGCUGGGCAGGCGCCACCGGUGCCGGAGGAGGCCGCGACGAUCGAGGCGGAUGCCGAGGACAGUGGAAACGGCACCCGCGGCGGCGGCAGGAGCGCCGCGACGACCAAGGUGUUGAGCACCAUCGACUGCCAGGUCUGCGAAUCGACGUGCCGGGUCAAGUGCCUCAUCAACAACCUCUUGCAGUGGGGCACCUGCUACCAGCACUGCAAGGCCGACAACUGCAACGACUGGUGUAGGUAGCCAUCCGUCGAGCUAGGGAUGCAUGACGCGCGCAUGGAUCCAUGGAUGGAUCACCAGGAUGUUCGUUCUUUGCGGUUCAAAGUGUUGCUUUGGAUGCAAGAAAUCAUCUGCCCUAUGUUUGCAAUUUUCCAUUCAACGAAUUUAUAUACUUU